CGCCUCCCCACGCUGCCCUUCCCCUUCCCUCCCCGCCCCGGGGAACAUCUCCGGCGACGGGAGCGGCGCCCGGCUCCGCAGCGGGGCGGGGGCAGGAGCCGAAUCACUGCCCGGGCGGCAGGUCGCCCUCGUGCGGAAUGGUGUGAGGGCACUGCGGGGGUGAGGAGAGGUAGCAAGAAGGGCUUCAGUUGAGUGGCCCUCAGGCGUUCCUCGCUCGCAGGCACCUGCCAUAAGGUGCGGCAGGAACUUAGGUUUAAGAACCUGGCAGGGAUGCAGAAGCCUUUGGUGAGCAAGUUUGAGGAGGCACUCUCCCAUGCAGAGCACAUCCAGUACAAGUCAUGAAGUCCCUUGAAACUGCUGCAAUGGAUAUAAUGCUCCCUAAUGCAAUCACUGCAGGAUCCUUCCUCUUCUAGAGAGAUAAUUCCCUAUCUGAUGCACUCCAAGAUAUGGAUAUGGUGGAUGGGUACAGCUGGAUCAUCACUGCAAGGAGUCACAGUCCAAGUCCUUUCUACAGUGCCUGUCAUGUUCAGCUACUGGGCCAAACCUCAGGAUACUUUAGAUCUAGCCCAGAUAUUAAAUAAUGACUUAGCUGCUACAGUAAGAAAGUACCCCAAGAGAUUUGUUGGCUUGGGUACGUUACCUUUGCAAGCUCCAGACCUGGCUGUGAAGGAAAUGCAUCGCUGUGUGAAAGAACUUGGAUUUCCUGGAGUACAAAUAGGGUCUCAUGUCAAUGAAUGGGACCUGAAUGCACCAGAACUGUAUGAUAUUUAUGCUGCUGCUGAACAAUUAAAUUGCUGUCUCUUUGUGCAUCCCUGGGACAUGCAGAUAGAUGGAAGGAUGUCCAAAUAUUGGUUUCCCUGGCUAAUAGGCAUGCCAACAGAAACAACCAUGGCCAUUUGCUCCAUGAUUAUGGGAGGGAUUUUUGAAAAAUUCCCUAAGCUGAAAGUUUGCUUUGCACAUGGAGGUGGGGCUUUUCCAUACACAGUGGGACGCAUCUCCCAUGGAUUCAACGUGCGCCCUGAUUUGUGUGCAAUGGAUAACAAGGUGGAUCCGAGAAAAUACCUUGGCUCAUUUUAUACAGACUCUCUUGUCCAUGACCAUGGUGCACUAAGGCUGCUAACAAGUGUGAUAGGAGAGGACAAAGUGAUUCUGGGGACAGACUACCCUUUUCCACUUGGGGAACUGGAACCUGGAAAAUUGAUUGACUCAAUGGAAGAUUUUGACAACAAACUGAAGGAUAAACUCAAGGCUGGCAAUGCUCUGGAAUUUUUGGGUCUUAGCAGAAAACAAUUUGAAUAAUUAUGAAGAUGUUAAAAGAAACCAAACUUCAGAAACUACGCUGAAUCCUCAGGGAUAUUUCUCUUUGCAUGUGCAAUUAUACAGAUGAAAAAUAAAUUUGAUGAGUACAUUACAGUCUUCUGUUAUUUCCAGAACAAAAGCAAUGGUACUGGAAAUGAACACACACAGGUAUUUCUGUGCGUUUGAGGAUUUAGGCUCUCUUUAAACAAUUCUGAAAUCCCUGCUCUCAUCAAAAAUAAAAGAUCUCAUCUCUUGCAGUUGUAAUCAGAAUCUCUGAAGGAUAAUCAGUGUCACAUUAUUAGGACUUGAUUCCCAGGAAGACAGAGCUAAGAAUAUUAUUAAUUGUAUUCAUCACUUUUCAGUCUUUGUUAUGCCAAAUAAACAGAAUUUUAAACUAUUUUAAAACAGAAUAUAAACAGAAUCUUGUGGAUGCCCAGCAACGGACAUUUGCCUUUAUCCACUGACUGGAAUUGCAGCGUGCCACACUUCAGCUCAGCACUAACACUUUGUAAAUGUUGUGAUAGGAUGAAAAAGGUCUGUGGGGGCUGGUAAUUGUUAAUUGCCUCCUACACCCCUGGCAACUUAUUCAUCAGAAACAACUUGAAUAUGGUUGUAGGUACAGAAAUAAUAUCUUUGUGGGGGCAAUACUUUGUGUGCCACUGUAAAAAUAAAUACUAGCGUUUAACAACAGUAUGUUUUAAUGUUCUAUUCCUCAAGAAGUAGCUCCUAAAAGUCUGGAUACUGUAAAUGUUACAGUGUUAAUGCUCUAUCUAUUGGAAGUCCUGCUGUAGGAAUGGUAAGUGAUUUACUUUAGAGACUAUUGAUUGAAAUGAGUUUUCUUGAUUAUCCAGUGAGCACACAGGCAUCCUCCUCCUGAGAGGAAUUUAUACUAGUUCGAAAAAUGCUGAUGAGCACUUACGGUCUCUGCUCUUGUGGGACUGUCUGCUGGCUACCUGUGGUGUAACUGUUCUCCUGUUCAGACUUUGAACAUUCCAGGAAAAAUACUUCUAGAGAGAAUUUGUCUUUGUGGCUGUCUGUAACUGUCCUUAUGCCUAUGACUGGACCUAAACAAUGUUGAAGAUCAACAGUUUCUGUUGCUACCACCCCUGUUAGAAUACAAAGAAGGCUCUGUCCUUCUUUCACAGUGUUAAAACCAAAACAAAAAGUGGUUUGUGCAGGUUACUGAUAUGGUUUCCUAGCUGUUGCAUUUGAAUCUGCUUGAAGGAGUUCAGCACAGAGCCACAAAGACCAUUAAAGGAGGGGAACAUCUGCCUUAUGAGGAAAGGCUGAGGGGGCUGAGUGUCUUUAGUUUGGAGAAGAAACAGAGAGAUGACCUCAUUAAUGUUUAUAAAUAUGUGAAGGGCAAAUAUCGGGAGGACAGAACCAGGCUCUUCUCAGUGAUGUUUAAUGACAGGACACAGGGUAACAGGUGCAAACUGGAGCACAGGAGGUUCCACUUGAAGAUAAGGAAAUUUUUUUUCAGUGCAGGAGUGACAGAGCACAACCUUUCCAGAGAGAUUGUGGAGUCUGCUUCACUGCAGAUAUUCAAAACCCACCUGGAUGUGUUGCUCUGUGACCUACUCUAGAUGAUCCUGCUCUGGCAGGGGGGUUGGACUAGAUGAUCUUUUGAGAUCACUUCCAACCCCUAGCAUUCUGUGAGUCUGUGUGAUUCCAUAAAAGAAGCUGAAGUAGACAGUAAGUCAGAGACUUUCCUAUAAGAAGGAAAAAGGACCCAGAAAAAAACAGCUUAAACAUUAUUUUUUGUCCUCAGGUGUGCAAGAGUUCUGUUGGCCUAUUUAAUUUUAGCAUCUGCAUGCAAGCACUGAGCUACUUAAAUGUAUGAAUUUUCAACCAGAUAUUUUAAAUUAAAUUUCAAAGCAGAAUAAAGGCAACUUUGUUCCUCAUAUCACACUAUUUUUCCUUCAUCGUAUCUGAUUUUCACAGAUGUUUGAAGGGAUUUAAGAGGAAAAUACAUUGUGGUUUCACCAAUAUAUUUUAAUUUGAUAAACCCUUCUGUUUCUUUAUGAUGGAACCAGUGAAGUUAGUGAGAAUGCAACCUUACAUCUUUGGGGAUUGAGGCCUGGAAUCUCUCCAAUAGCAAGAGCAGUAUUUAAUUAUCUUAACCUGGGACCGAAUGGGUGAUUGCAGCACUCUGCAUGGCAAUUAAUUAACAUGUACACCAUGCAUAAAUCAUAUUCAUUAUGUACUGACAUUACUUAAUGAAAUUCUACUUAUUAUUGAUGUGUUAAGAUUUUUAAGACAUGGAUAUAUAUGGUCUUCCCUACAUCUUCGCUUUUUCUCAUUAACAAAGCUAAUGUAAAAUUGUAAUUACAGUCAGACAAGAACAUUCUUAAAACUCUUCCACCAUAAUAUGAAGGAAUUAAAAAAAUUUAAGUUGAACACCCAAACUCCAUGAGUCUUACCAUUAUUUAAUCAUUGUGUUUUAAAAAUGCUAAGGGCACAAAAAUACAAAGGCAAAGAUCAGAUCCUAAUUCCAACAGAAGUCUUCGCAGUUAAAUUUCCUCUGCAUGUGCAAAGCUUUAAAGGGGAUUGACAAUUGGGAAGAUCAAGCCAGUAACCCAAAUCUGUCCAUGCUGCAUUACAUGUGUCUGCAUGUUUUAUCAGUAUUCUACUGGGUCUAGUGAUAAAAUUGUAACUUAUUGUAUAAAAUUUGCACUAAAACUCUAAAAAUACAAAUUGCAAUGUAAUUAAAGGUGAACAAAAC